AUGGCAUCAAAGGGAUCCAAGCUUAUUAAUGUGGCCUUGGGUAAAUGCAUUUCUAUUGAAAACACUACAGCCACUCUGGAAGACUGUGAUGGGAACAGCAAGUUUCAACAAUUUAAUUACACCUGGUUAAGACUUAUUAAACAUGGAGAAUGGUGCUUAGCCUCUAUCCCUGAAACAGGAUCCCUAAGGCUGCAUCCUUGUGAUAACAGAAACAAAGGGCUCAAAUGGCUGCAUAAAUCCACAUCAAUCUUUCAUCCAGAACUGGUGGAUCACAUUGCUUUUGAAAAUUAUCAGCAGUUGCUAUGCUUGGAAGGAAAUUUUUCUCAGAAGACCUUGAAAUUAUCUUCUUGUGACCAAAUGAAACCAUAUCAAAAGUGGAAAUUUGAAAAAUACUAUGAAGACUAACGAAGAACUGAUAUUUUUAUCUAGUAAACCCAUUAGAUG